CACACAUACUGGAGAGUCAGGCGCACUCGUUCCUGCCAGGAAGUUGAUAGUUUUCGGGAAAAAACAAAAAGACGAAACAGUCAUAGUAAAGGUAUCUCGAAUCGACUAGUUUGUUAAACGUGAAGGGAUCCGGGCAGUAAAUGCAGGAUUAUGGACUAGUGGAGGAUUAGUCGAUGGAGACUCACAGAAGUUUUGGGCUCGUCCGGGUCCUGCUGCUGCUGUCGGGCAUUACACGCGCUACGGGCAGAGAAGUAUGUCUCGGGACAGAUAUGAAGUUGGCAUUACCCUUCAGUCAUGAAAAUCACUAUGAGAUGCUCAAACUUCUGUACGACGGGUGCCAGGUGGUUCAUGGUAACCUGGAGAUCACACACCUGCAGGGCAACCAAGAUCUCUCCUUCCUGCAGGAUAUAGUGGAGGUGCAGGGUUAUGUGCUGAUAGCUCAUGUCUCAGUGCCUUUGGUUCCUCUGGACAGUCUACGGAUCAUUCGAGGCAGUCAGCUCUAUAACUCCAGUUAUGCUCUCGCGGUGCAGGACAACAUUUACCACAGGCAGACAGAAUUGGGUUUAAGAGAACUUCGCCUCAGCAGUCUAACCGAAAUCCUGCUUGGUGGGGUAUAUAUUUCGGAAAACCCUCAACUUUGCUUCCCUCAGAAUAUUAACUGGAUAGACACUGUUUAUAAUGGUCAUAGCAAACCACUGCACUUGCAAAGUCUCCCAAAGCACUGUCCUAGUUGUUCCUCAGCCUGUCUGCCUGGUGGAUGUUGGGGAAAAACGGAUAAAGACUGCCAAACAUUGACCUUUGUUCAUUGUUCAUCUGGCUGUUUGCGCUGUAAGGGUCAGAAGCCCAGUGAUUGCUGUCAUGGGCAGUGUGCUGCUGGGUGCAUUGGGCCAAAAGAUUCUGACUGUCUGGCCUGUCGUCACUUUAAUGACAGUGGGAUAUGUAAAGAAAAUUGCCCACUACCCACCAUCUACGACCCGAUCACUUUUCAGUCCAAACCUAACAAGGACAAAAGAUUCAGCUUUGGAGCCUCCUGUGUAAAACAGUGCCCACGUAACUACUUGGCCAUGGAGGUGGCGUGUACCAUGGUUUGUCCCAAAGCUAAUCAGGAGGUCAUCACUGUCCAACCAGACGGUCAAGAAACACAGAAAUGUGAAAAGUGCGAAGGAGAGUGUCCUAAAGUUUGUUAUGGUCUAGGCAUGGGAGACCUGCAGAACGUUUCAGUGGUGAACGUCACCAACAUUGACUUAUUCAGUGGCUGUAAGAAGAUCUAUGGCAGUUUGGUGUUUCUCGCAGAUUCCUUUAAAAUGAAUCCUGAAACCAAUUCAUCUGGACUGCAGCAGAGUGACCUGGAACGCUUGAAGUCGAUAGAAGAGAUCACAGGUUAUCUUUACAUUGACACCUGGCCUGAAUAUUUGCCUGAUCUGAGUGUUUUUGAGAACUUGAGGGUGAUCAGAGGAAAGAUGCUUUACAAGGGUGUUUUGUCUUUGGGAAUUCAGUCGUUGCAGAUUGAGUCUCUCGGGCUGCGUUCCCUGCGCAGCGUCAGCGGAGGUUUAGUUCUGAUUCAUAAUAACUCCAGACUGUGCUACAACUCCUCUAAGGCCUUGUCAUCUCUGCUCGUUCCAACACAGGAACCCAAUUUCAUCAUUAACAACAACCGAGACCUAGAUGCAUGUGUUUCGGAGGGGAAAGUGUGUGACCCCCUGUGUGCGGAUACAGGCUGCUGGGGUCCGGGACCCAGUCAGUGUGUGUCUUGUGUGAACUACAAGCGUGGUACAGAGUGUGUGGAGCAGUGUAAUGUCUUACAGGGGUCAAUGCGGGAGUUCGUGGACGGUACAAACUGUAUCUCUUGCCACCCUGAGUGUCGACCCAUCAAUGGCUCUGCCUCCUGUAUAGGCCCAGGUGCAGAUCAGUGUAGGGAGUGUGCGCACUAUCAGGAUGGUGAUUUGUGUGUCGAGCGUUGUCCCAGCGGGGUGAAAGAAGACCAGCACACCAUCUGGAAGUACUUCAAUGCCACAAAACACUGUCUUCCCUGUGAAACCAACUGCACUGUCUCAUGUCCACUGGAUGAACGAGGCUGUCCCAUCCAACAAAAAGCUGGGCCUGGAACAACAAUUGCCAUCACCAUCGGUGGAUUGUUUCUUUUCUUUAUUCUGGUGGCGCUGCUGGUGUUUUACCUUCGACGACAAAAACAGCAGAAGAGAAAAGAAACGAUGAGGAGAAUUCUGCAGGAGCAUGAACUGGUGGAGCCACUGACCCCGAGUGGAGCGAUGCCCAAUCAGGCUCAGAUGCGGAUCCUUAAAGAAACAGAACUGAAAAAACUAAGAGUGCUGGGAUCUGGAGCCUUCGGCACGGUCUACAAGGGCAUCUGGGCUCCUGAUGGGGAGAAUGUAAAGAUCCCCGUGGCCAUUAAAGUUUUGCGUGAGAACACAUCACCCAAAGCCAACAAAGAAAUCCUGGACGAGGCGUAUGUGAUGGCAGGUGUUGCCAGUCCGCAUGUGUGCCGUUUGUUGGGUAUCUGUCUCACCUCCACGGUUCAGUUGGUUACUCAGCUCAUGCCAUACGGAUGCUUGCUGGAUUACGUCAGAGAGAACAAAGACCACAUCGGCUCUCAGUAUCUCCUCAACUGGUGUGUCCAGAUCGCUAAGGGCAUGAGUUACCUUGAAGAUGUGAGGCUGGUGCACCGAGACCUUGCAGCUCGAAAUGUUCUGGUAAAAAACCCAAACCAUGUGAAGAUUACAGACUUUGGUUUGGCCAGACUGCUAGACAUAGACGAGACGGAAUACCACGCAGACGGGGGAAAGGUGCCAAUCAAAUGGAUGGCACUGGAGUCCAUAUUACACAGAAAGUUCACUCACCAAAGUGACGUAUGGAGUUACGGGGUGACUGUAUGGGAACUGAUGACCUUUGGCAUGAAACCAUAUGACCACAUACCGGCACGGGACAUUCCAGAACUGCUGGAAGGGGGGGAGAGACUCCCUCAGCCCUUCAUCUGCACCAUAGAUGUCUACAUGAUCAUGGUCAAAUGCUGGAUGAUUGAUCCAGACAGUCGACCACGAUUCAAGGAGCUUGUGACCGAGUUCGCCAAUAUGGCACGUGAUCCUCCGCGUUACGUAGUCAUUCAAAACGACGAGCAGAUGAGUUUGUCGAGUCCAGUAGACAGCGCCUUCUUCAGGGCGUUAUUGGCAGAAGAGGGGGGGAAUGUAAAGGAGUUCCUGGACGCGGAGGAAUAUCUGGUGCCCCAGCCUGGUCCCUUCAAUAUACAAGGAGAAAGCAGACCCAAUGGACCUAGCAGACGUCAAUCACACCGGAGUACAGAUCAGAUCUUAGAGACAGACGGUAUGCCAAGCGGCAGGGGUUUGUACUCCUCUGUCAGCACGCUGGGGCAGAGUCAGUACCCGACUCUUCCUAUGGGAGCAACGGCCAAUGGGAUGUGGCCAGGAGCACAGUACCCCGCACUAGUACGGAGCAUAUCACACCGUUCGGCUGGGGGCCAAUCAGACUCUGUGUUUCUGGAUGGGGACAUAGAGGAAGACGGUCCUCCGUCCAGUCCUGGACGCUACUCUAAAGAUCCCACCAUGCCCAAUGGCAUCGAUGGAGAUGUGGAGUGCGAUGGCCUGCUUGAUUUCUCAUCUUACACGCUUCCACGUGGAGCGCACACACAACCCGAGUAUGUGAACCAGGAUGUCCCAUCAGAGCGUCCCAGCACCCUUCCACGCAAAGCAAGAGAGAGACGGAUUAUGAACGGUCUGUGUACAGGGCACAGUGUGGAGAACCCAGAGUAUCUGGUGCCCAUAAACAACAUCACGCCAAUGUCGCCAGCCUUCGACAACCCCUACUAUCAUGAUAUUGCAGCUAAAGCAGUGACUGGAGCGUCAAUAAAUGGCGGCACAGAUCACAGGCAGCCAAAUGGCUACAUGACCCCGACAGCAGAAAACCCAGAAUACCUGGGUUUAGCAGACACUUGGACUCAAAUGGAGUAUGCUUGAGAGGAGUAAUACAAAGAUGAAUGUGUUGAGCGAAUGAAUGUUUCUUGAAUUAUGACCUUUUUUAAAUCUCCACAAAACCCAUGUAGCAUUCUGUUGUAUUUUUGAACUUGAAGAUGGAUGCACUUCCGGUCUUUGCCAAAACAAAAAUCUACGUUGGAAAUGUAUCUGACUUAAACCACGGUACAAAUGAUGAAUAACACUGGAGCGGACGAAAUGUCUUGGAUUCUUUUUGUAUUUUCAUUUUUGGUCAUCUCACAAAAACAUUGUCACACCUCUUUCUGGAGUUUCAAUUCUGAGCAUGGACCGUACACACGUUGGUUUACAGACGGUUGGACGGAGUGAAAGCAGAUCUGUUGUGUGUGUGUAAAGGCCCUGGGUGAGCAGCUAGGCUUAAAUGCCAAUUAUAGCCACUGGAAAUGGUGCAUUGUGUGUGCAACUAUGAAGAUUUAACAUUUCUUCUCUGUGAUAUAUAUAAAUAUAAAUAUACUUUAUGUGUUUUCACACUACAUUUUUUUUACGUUUGAGUAAUAAUAAAAAUCAAUCAUCUUUAUGGGCCUACAUGUAUAGUAAGGGCAAAAUUUGCCAAAGAAAUGACUUGGUCUUAUUUUACCCCAAAAUCUUUUCAUCCUAAAAAUUUUUUUUUAUUCAUAUUGAAAAGGAAAUCCCAAAAUGUAUAGAUGGUUUCAGCAGUAACAACAUAAACAAGCGGCGUCCGUGGUCCACACGUAACUUCCGGUAAAUUCCGCUAAGAAUAAAUAACAACAAAGUACUUUCAACGUAGUUUAUUUAUAUAACAAGCAAAAUAAACAACACGUAGAUUAACUAGGAAACCAAAACAUCUGUUAUUUUUGACGAGGUAUUUGUUGAAGAGUUCAGUUUAGCAACUAGUCAGACCAUUUAAAAAACUUAAACCGGAAGUAAAGUUCGGACCACAUCGCGUCACUGCACGUGCGUCCGAUAAAACGGUCUAUAUUUCGAAAAUGGAAAAGAGAGCAAAGACAUUUUUGUGUCAUUAUUUUGUUAUUUGUGAUAUAACUUAGAUUUCCUUCUAAAGUUUCAUUCUCAUUAUGCAUCAGCUGUUUUACGUUAAGAUUUCGUAGGAUUUAUUUUAAAGGAAAACACCACCGUUUUUCAAUAUUUUACUAUUUUCCUACCUCAACUUGGACAAAUUAAUACAUACCUAUCUUUUUAAAUGCGUGCACUUAAUGUGGUAAAUAUGUUAGCAUUUAGCCUAGCCCCAUUCAUUCCUAAGGAUCCAAACAGUGAAGAAUUUAGAAGCCACCAAACACUUCCAUGUUUUCCCUAUUUAAAGAUGGUAACAUGAGUAGUUACACAAACAAGUAUGGUGGAACAAAAUAAAAGUGGCGACUUUUUUAAGCAGAU